GAGCAGAACACGUCGGCUCGCAGCCACUAAUCCCCAACGCCUUUCUCGCUUCGCCUUCCCUUCCCCAUCCCUCUCCACUCGCCACGGCCGCCAUUCCCGUCUGCCUCCUCCUCCUCCCCUCCGGUAAACCCUAGCCGCCGACCCUCCAAUCCCCCCCACCAGCGCCCCAAUCCGUCGCCCGCUCGAGCUAGGGCUCGUCGAUUUCGGGCCGGCGCUCCGUUCUCGCCGAUUUCACUGGGCAGAUUUUUUUCUUCUUCCGGGGGGAUUUUCUGCUUUAUCCGGUGGAGAUAUGGGGAGCCGGAGGGAGGAGGAGAGGAACGAGAAGAUCAUCCGCGGCCUCAUGAAGCUGCCGCCCAAUCGCAAGUGCAUCAAUUGCAACAGCGUGGGGCCACAAUAUGUAUGUACCAAUUUCUGGACAUUCACAUGCUUGUCAUGCAGCGGGAUACACCGUGAGUUUACUCACCGUGUGAAAUCAGUGUCAAUGGCUAAAUUCACUACCCAAGAAGUGCGGGCUCUUGAACAGGGUGGUAACCAGCGUGCACGUGAUAUCUACCUAAAAGAUUGGGAUUGGCAGCGAAUGAGAUUGCCUGACAACAGCAAACCAGAUAGGAUAAGGGAAUUUAUCAGAGCUGUUUAUGUAGACAAGAAGUAUGCUGGUGGGAAGUCCACCAACAAACCAGCCACCGAUAGUGAGAGUGUAAAGAGCAACGAAAGUGAAAUAAGAAGACCUGACUCCUAUCAUUCAUACUCGCAAAGCCCACCGUAUGAUAUGCAGUAUGAGGAUAGACGAUAUGGUAAGCAAGUUAACACGCUUGCUCGAAGGCCUUCGGAUAGGGCACUCUUUGAUGGGAAACUCGGCAGCAUAUUGUACAGUCCAGGUCGUGUCCGGGAUCAGAUGCAUGAAGAUCGAUUUGCUAACGAGAGUCACGGGUCAAGAUUUUCCGACUUUUCAGCCUCAAGCACCGGCGACUUGAGAAACGAUGCACUUUCUCCUAGCUCUCAGGAUACAGGGUACAGCAGCCCUUCCGUUCACCAUUCAAGAAAUGUAUCAUCUGAAAAUCCCCAGUCCCAAAGACAUCCAAAUGCAGUUCCACAAAUAGGUGUCAAUGGUGGUCGACAUUCACAGCGAACAGCUUCUUCUGGAAGUUUGGGAUCAUUUGACGGUAGCUCAGUAUCUAAUAAAUCAGUUGAUUCGGGUGUCCUACCUGAUGCACCUACAGAGAGGCCAGUGACUGGGGCAUCUUCUGUACCUCAUUUGGCACAACCAAAUGCCUUGCAGCGCAGUACAAACUCACCAGCCAGCCAUAUUGCUCCCACCCAAGGAUCUGUGCAGCAUUUGCCAGUUUCGCCGCAACCACAACCAACGGCUUUCAGCAAUCAAGACCUCUUUGAUAUGUCAACAAUGCCACAACCUGGCACUAGUUCUGCUUCAAUAGAUCUGUUUGCUGGCUUUAAUCAACAUACCGCAUCAAUUUCUAGCGGUCAUUCUGAUGUUGUGAAUGGAAGUGCACAUAAUGCUGUGGUUCAGAAGGUUGUGACGCCUUCAUCAUCUGUACCAGCAGGAGCACUCCACACAUCUGAUCCUGUGCACCAAGAUCUCUUCAGUCUGUCAAUUUUGCAGGAACCAGUAACGUCCUCUUCCCCUCCGUCAGUGGAUCUGUUUGCUGGCUUUGACCAACAACUGGCACCUAUUUCUAAUGUUCAUCAUACUACACCAGCCGCUCCAUUACCUGCUAAUGAAGGGUGGGCAUUCUUUGACACACCUCAAUAUGGAUCGUCGACUUCUGUUUCAAAUGUGCAAGCUCAGGUCCCCGCUGCAUUGCCUCAAAGUGAUGGUAUUACCAAAACAGUUGAUCAAUCAACAUUGCCAACUCCACCACCAAAUGCCAUUAUUAGACAAACAUCUCUGCCUAUUAUGGAUCAGUGGAGUUCAGAUGCUGAAGAGGUGAAGAUCCCUGUCCCCAAGGAAAACUCCCAGACCUGGAACGCCUUUUGUGAAUCUACUGAGAACAUGCCUGAUAAUUUGUUUGCAUUUAAUACUAUGCCUCAAGUACCAACUCAUCAAUUCACCGCACCCAGUGUUCCAUAUGUUGUAUCUGGAACUCCGCAGGUUUUGGCUAGGGGUGAGCCUGAAAGGUCAACUCCUGGGGAUAUGUUCCCUGGCUUCAAUGUGUCACCUGGUGUCCUGGGUGAGCCAUCAUAUCCUGCACCAAUUCAACACGAACUGGGCAUGAUGUCUCAGCCUGCAAAAUCAACAAAUCCAUUUGACAUGGCAUUUGAAUCUGACAUCGAAGCCAACGACAUGUUCAUGGAUUUUACCUCGCUACAAGCAACAUUGCCAGAUCCUCAUGUUCCCGCAGAGUACUCUGGGAACUUAGCAGAGUCAUGGAUUUCUCAGAAUUCGACCGUGCCAUAUAUUCCUUCUGUGCCUCAUGGAGGGUUGUCAUACAUCCCGGGACAAGUACAAGACCCCCACAUGCUGAACGGUCAGACCACAGUCCUCGCCUCGUCUCCUUGCCGGACCCGUAGUCUAAAACCCUACCCAAAAUCUUUCCCCACCCGCCUCCGCCCGCCCACCGACGUCACCAUGCGCCCCUUCCACCCUCCCCGCCCCACCGCCGCCCAACCCCACCACCCGCGCCCCGGCGACCCCGGCCGCCCUCCCCUCCUCCCCCACCCCGCGCACCAGCACGCCGCGUUCCCGCCGCCCGGCCCCGGCGGCGGCGGCGGCGGCUUCGGCGCCGUCAACCCCAUGGUGGCGGCGGCGGCGGCGGCGGCCAACCCUUUCCUCGCCAUGCAGCUCUUCGGCCAGGCGCAGCAGCUCCAGAACCUCGGCUACCUCGCCUCCUUGAUGCAACAACAACAACACCAACAACAUCAGCAACAUCAACAUCAACAGCAGCAACAACCCUUCUUUCCAGGGGGCUUCACGCCGAAUCCCAACCAGUUCGGGCCUUUCCCGGGCAUGCAGGCAGGAUUCAACGGCGGCGGGGGGUUUCUGCCUGGCGGCGCUGGGUUGGCCGGGCCGAGGCCGCCGCUGCCGAUGAUGGGCGGUGGUGCGGGGAAUGGCUGCAACGGCAGCCCUGCCGGAGGUGUCGGGCCUGGUGGUGCUGGGUUGGCCGGGCCCAGGCCACCGCUGCCGAUGAUGAGCACUGCUGCAGGGAAUGGCAGCGGUGGCGGUGGUGGUGUUGGGCCUGGUUCUCCGAGACCUGUGCUGAACGGUGAUGGGAAGGAUCAGAACAGUGGUGGGAGGGGCACUCAGGUAAACCACACUAAUAACAAAUCAGAUGGUAUCUCCCAAGUUGUCUCUGAAAAUGGCGAGAGGAACAAUACAACAGAUCAGAAAACCCGAUUCAACCCUGGAACAGAUGGUAGGGAUGGAAGGCAAUUCGGCCCAUCUGGUGGAAGGGGCAGAGGAGAUGGUAGGGGCGGAAAGCAAUUUAGUCCAUCUGGUGGGAGGGGAAGAGGAAGAGGAGAUGCCAGGGAUGGAAGGGGGAGAGGGAGAAAUUUCAAUCAAGGCCGCGGAAGAGGAAGAAACGACUGGAGAGAUGGAAAAUCCAAUUUUACAAAUAGUGACAGUCCAACAUCAGGAGGACGUCACAUUGACAGUCCAACAGCAUCUGAAGGAGGCCGAAAGCGUCCUCCUAUCAUUUAUGACCAAAACGAAGUUAAACAGUGGCUACAGGCACGCAAGAAGAACUACCCGACAAGUGUUAACGUAAACAAGAAAUUGACUCAGAGUCAGUUGGACGAUCAAAAGAAAGAUGAAGAUGCCCAAAUGCGCCGUCAGGAACUCAAGGAAGUCCUUGCAAAGCAGAAAGAAUUGGGUCUUGAGCUCCCUGAACUACCACCAGGCUACCUAUCUGAUACCGACGGUCAACCCAGGGAACCUCAGGGCAACGAAAAGGAAAGUAAAUGGAGAAAUCAGCAGAGGGAUUCUCGUUUUGGAAACCGCGGCAGGGGCCGUGGCAAUAAGAGACAGAGGAACGAUCGCGGAGGAUUUCAGUCGAAAAGACCCAGGGAGUGGAACCAUAGUCAUGCAAUGGUCAAGAGUAGAGAGCCCACCCUGUUUCAGAAGCUUGUUAGUUCUGAUAUCAAGAGGGACAGGCAUAGGCUCCUGCACACGUUCAAAUUCAUGGCCCAGAACAAUUUCUUCCAGGACUGGCCUGAUAAGCCGCUGGAGUUUCCUAGUGUGAAGGUGAACCAGGUUGAGCUUGAGAUUGAUGAUAUUGCCGCAGAAGACUUGGAUGAUGAUGACUUGCCGGAUGCCGAGGCGGCCAAAGACGUCAGCGUUGAGCUGAAUGAAAAUGGUGAUGAGCAAGUCUUGGGUUCCAGUAGUGACGAGGAAGCUGGGAGCAAGGAGGACGAUGAAGCUGAAGAAGAGGAAGGCGAGGUUUCGGAGGAGGAUGCUGGCGCGGAGGAAUGUGAUGCAUCCGAAGAAGAAUUUUCAGCCUGAAAAAUCCGGCUGGUCCAAGCAUCUAGCAUGGUUUUUCUGUGUGUAUAGUAAAGUCCGUACACAGGAUAUGUGCAGCUUGGUUACACAUUAUCUGAUCCGCUUGAGCUAUGAAUGAUUUUGAUGUAAUCUUGUUGAACGGUUAAACGAUUUUGUUGUUCCAAGGAAAGGAAAAGACACAUCCAUGUGAGGGCAUCA